UGGGAGAAAGUUUUGGACAAUCGGAGAAGCUCCAAAAUGUCGUCGUUAGAACAAGAGAUUUUCUUACAGUGGGGAAACAAGAAGAGAUUGAGACGUCUAAGAGCCAAAGACCAACAGACCUCACGCGAAUCCAAUUCUUCGCUUCGAAGGAAAAACUCAUCUCGGUUUCUAGGUCAGGAGACCUUCCUCCUUCAAUCCUCAAGAUUCUCCAGAGGAUCAGAAGGGACGAUUCUCAGAUCUGGACUACCAGAUCGCCGGAGAUCGUCGCCGGAGAAAGAGGAGAGGUAUUAUACUACGAGAGGUGUAGCUGAUAACGCUGGGAAAGCUUGCUUAGAUGGAAACAAUGGAGAAGAGAGCAAGAAGAAGGAAGAAGAGACUAUGUGGCCAAAGCUGUUGAUAACAUUAUCGAGCAAAGAGAAGGAAGAAGACUUCAUGGCUAUGAAAGGUUGCAAACCUUCGCAUAGGCCUAAGAAGAGAGCUAAACUCAUCCAAAGAAGCUUACUUUUGGUGAGUCCUGGAACGUGGUUGGCUGAUCUGUGUCCAGAUAGAUAUGAUGUUAGGGUGAAGAAGAGCUCUAAGAAGAGGCGAGCAAGAGGAUUAAAAGCCAUGGGAAAUGUGGAGACUGAUUCAGAUUGA